AUGCACUCAGCGUCGCUCUGUGACGGAUUCAGUAAAGUGGUUAGAAUUUCCAGUUUCGAGGUGAGGGAGGCGCGGCGGCAGCACCGGAACGAGUUCAUGGCGGUACAGAUAUCCAACGGCGCCAAUGUGUGCCUCUUCAUAGUCAAGAUCAUCGCUUCCAUUGUCAGCGGCAGUCUCGCCAUCCUCGCGUCGACUCUCGACUCGCUGUUGGACCUGCUGUGCGGGUUUAUUCUUUGGUACACAGCCCGCACCAUGCGCCGCACCAACCCCUACAAGUAUCCCAUCGGGAAGAGGCGCAUGCAGCCCCUGGGCAUCAUAGUGUUUGCAUGCAUCAUGGCGUCCCUCGGCUUCCAGAUUCUUUUAGAAGGAGUCCGCAAGCUCACAGACUCGCCUCCCCUCUCCUCCCCCCCGUUCCUCCCCCUUCUCCCGAUUCCUUUCCAGAACCACUCUACGGACCUAGGGCAGAAGUGGGGCGUGUACGUGGGUCUCAUGGGGCUCGUCAUUCUCACCAAGUUCAUCCUCUUCCUCCACUGCCGCCUCUUCUCCCCUCUUGCUGCUUGUCCCAACCACUCAUCAGACCUAGGCGAGAAGUGGCAAGUGUAUGUGGGCAUCAUGGGGCUCGUCAUUCUCACAAAGUUCAUCCUCUUCCUCUACUGCCGCCUCUUCUCGGAUGACAUCGUGCAGGCCUAUGCCCUUGAUCACAUGAUGGAUGUGGUAACCAACAUUGUGGGCCUCGCAGCAGCAGUGCUGGCAGGGGAAUAUGCCUGGUGGAUCGACCCCGUCGGAGCCAUCUUCCUCGCCCUGUACACCAUGUUCAACUGGGGCAACACCGUGCGGGAGAACGUGCGCUCUUUAACAGGACGAACGGCGCCGCCCGCCUUCCUGCAGAAGCUGACGUAUCUGUGCUGGAACCACCACCGGGCGAUCCUGGCCAUUGAUACAGUGCGGGCGUAUACGUUUGGCGCAUCCUAUUUCACCGAAGUGGACGUUGUGUUGCCGGAAGACAUGCCGCUCAAGGAGGCACAUGACAUUGGCGAGGCGCUUCAGAACAAGCUGGAGAGGCUGCCGGAGAUAGAGAGAGCGUUUGUUCAUUUGGAUUACGAGGUGUCGCAUCGGCCCGAGCAUCAUCACCACCUCUCCACGUUCAAUGAUCUGCCCCCUCCACUCCUUUUGUUCCCCCUUCUUCCCCAGUGCCUUCCCGGAGCGAGCCAAUCUGAGACUAGUCAAUUCGGACCUGCAAUUUUCGCUGAGAUCCUCGUGAUCUGUUACUUGACGGCAUCAGCCGCCAUGGCGUCCCUAGACCCGUUCUUCCACCUGACCAGUCUUCCCUACGCGAUUCUCCGCCCGCCGAAGCUCCGCCUAAAGCUCCCGACUUUCUCCUUCCCCCAUCCUAUGGUCGUCUACUGCUUCGUAGUUUUCAGCUAUUUCCUCGUCGUUUCUGGAAUCGUCUUCGACAUGAUUGUCGAGCCUCCCGGCAUCGGCGGCCAUCAGGACGAAGCCACGGGAAAAUUCGUUCCCGAGGUCAUAAUGGCGGGAAGACUGAACCAGCAGUACAUUAUCGAAGGCCUUUCGUCCGGAUUUAUGCUCGUGAUGGGAGGCCUUGGGAUUGUCCUGAUCGACUGGGCUUGCGACAAGCUGCAAACGAAGAACAUGCGGCUGGUGUAUCUGGGUACUGGGCUGUCCAUGGUGGUUAUGAGUUACACCAUGAGCAUGGUGUUCCUGCGGAUCAAGAUGCCUGGCUACCUCCAUUAG